GAGAGCUUCCUCGCUCCUCCUCAAUCCUCCUCUAUAGCUCGCGAGCUGCCGUUGCUGCGGGAGCAAAUUUGUGGCGAUUUCGGGAGGGAUUUGUGUGUGUUGUGUUGGUAGCAAUGGCAGCCAUGGCAGCGAGCCAAGCGCUGGGGCUCUCCACCCACUUUGCCUCGCUCUCAGUGCAGGAGCCGCGGAAGAAAUUGGCGUCUAUCUCAUCUUCGACUUGCGGGAGCGUGCUGCGUUGCAAUGCGUUGAAGGCCGGCGUGCCCAUGCCGCGUAGGUCUGUGGUGGCGUUGCCCGUCGUCAGAGCUUCCACUUCCGAGGCCGCUGCCGCUGUGGUCGAGAGCCCCGAGAUGGAAGAGAGGCGUGCCCUGGAGGCCUGGGUGAAGCAGCAAUUGCCGGGCGGAUUCGCCGCCGCGCGAUUGAAUGGUACCGGGAGGAGAAAGACCGCCGUUGCGCGAGUUGUGCUUGUUGAGGGCUCAGGGAAGAUUGUUAUCAAUAACCGCACUGCUCAGGACUACCUACAAGGCAACCCAUUGUGGCUUCAGUCUGUGAAGUACCCGCUAGCCAGUCUAGGGUAUGAGACCAAGUACGACAUCAUAGUGAGGGUUGAAGGUGGGGGCUUAUCAGCUCAAGCUCAGGCCAUCUUGCUGGGAGUAGCGAGAGCUUUGAUUGUGGCCAACCAGGCCAACAGAGAUCCGUUGAAAAAACAGGGUUUGUAGACGAGAGACUCGCGUGUUGUAGAGAGGAAGAAAUACGGUCUCAGGAAGGCUCGUAAGGCACCACAGUACUCCAAGCGUUAAAUCUUUCUGGAGUAUGGCCCCGUUUGUUUGCUAUUUUAGAACAAGAUUGGGUUGUUUUUUUGCCCCUUUUGUAAUAGUUUAAAAUUUUAUUCCAAGAUGUAAUUGAUGGUCAUCUAUCAGCUCUUUCUCUUUAAUGACUUCGAUGUCAUGACACACAA